AUGCUUGUCGGUUAUCCUUAUCCAGUUAUCCGAGUUCGCCGAAAUAAUGAUGGUCAUUUGGUUUUAAAAAAACCUAAUAUUAGUGCAUUUACCUUUGAAAUUAUUCUAAAGUAUCUAUAUUGUGGAAUAGUAGACUUUAAACGUCAAAAAAAAGAAACAAUUCUUGAACUUUUAAUUGCUGUUGAUGAACUUGGUAUUCAAAGACUCAUUAAUUCUGUUCAAGAAUUUUUAAUUCAAAAUUGUCUCAGAUUUUUACAAUUUGAUCUAAUGAAAAUGUUGAAUUUUAUUACUUGUCAUAAUUCUUUUGAUAAUCUUAAAAAAGCUUCUUUAAAUACCUUAACUAAAAAUUGUAAAAAUUUUUUACAACAAGAUCCCGUUACAUUACUUCAUUUUAUUAUUCAUCAUGAAACAUUUAAUGACCUUAGAAAAACUUCUUUAGAUUCUAUUUAUUUUAAAACUUUAGAAAAAUCUUUAUAUGGAUUAAUUCAACUUAUUAGAUUUCAUCAGAUGAAUCGUGAAGAAUUCAUGCUUGAAUUUCAACUGCCGUACCACUUUAUCAAUCAUUUCAAAUUAGAUUGGGCAACUUUGAAAUCGAUUCGGUUUUAA